UGAGAGAAUAGCGCAUGGUCAGUUGUAAUUCAAUGGGGAUUGAACACAUAUAGUGCUCAUCAUCUGGUCGUUUUCCACUAAAAUGACUACGGUUUUUGUCAACACCUUUCGCAAAGGAUGUCUUCUGAGGCAGAUUUGUUGCAGCAUCUGGAAAUUGUAUUUUCGGACAAAUGGCACCUUGGCAACACGGGCUAUGCACUUCUCCGUAUCAGCGGAGAUUCAUCCGAACAUAACUCCGGUGGGAUUGAUGCCAUUGCAAGCUUGCAAAAUUUUCCCUAUACGCGGCUGAAUCAAGCAACGGUGAUUUGCAACGAGUGGCGACCAUAAAUCAAUUUAUAAGGUCGCCGUCCUUGAGCUGCAUGGUCUCGUUGUUGCCAAUUGUCCCCAGGCUUCCAUUCAUAUGAGCCAAUCUCCGCAUAUCUGGAAAAUGUUCUGCUCUACGCUAGUGUAUCCGUUGACCCUUUUGGCAGCAAUUGUUAGUAUGUGGCCAUCAACCGCGACUGCGGAAAGGGAUUUUGAUGAUUUGAAGUCUCUGGAAAAGCUGGUUGUCCUUGGAGAUUCUUAUUCAAGAGUUGGUUUUACCUCGACGGGCACACAACCUUCGGCGUCAAAUCCAUUUGGGAAUACUGCCACCACUAGUUCUGGGGGCAAUAAUUGGGUUCAAUUUUUGACGCUCAAAUACAAUGAAAGUGCCUUCCUGACUUAUGAUUAUGCUUUGAGUGGCGCUACAGUUAACGUGUCUAUCAUUGAGAACACCAUUGGAGUCGACAUAGUCACGGAGGCUGACACCUUUCUGUCAGCAUACGGAAGCAACAGCACUUUCGGGGGUGGUGGCAUCAUUUAUGCAUUCUGGAUCGGUAUCAAUGACAUCAACAAGUCGUAUUUGGGUGACGAUUAUGCUGGCAUCGACCUUGACAUCUACGCUGAGGUUAUUGAUUCAUACUAUCAAGUUGUAUCAAAAUUAUACGAUUCAGGAGCUAGAAAUUUUCUGUUUCUGAACGUCCCUCCACUGGAAAAGGCGCCCACAAUCUUACAGUCGUCCAGUAACUCGACCAAAUACCCGCUGAUGCAAAGAGCGGUGGCAGACUACAACGAGAAGCUCUAUAAGAUGGUACGACAAGUAAGGCACAACUUUGCCUAUACUAGCGUGUUCUUCUAUGAUGCACAUGCACUCUUCGAUGCCGUCCUAGCAGACCCUUCUCAGUAUGGUGAAACUGCAAGUAUUCAUGACACGACGUCCUAUUGCAAAGAUUAUGCGAGCUUAGUGAAUAAUCCGGAUUAUAAAUCAGAGAAUUGCAGCUACGCAGUCGAUGGGUACUUCUGGAUUAACAGCCUUCACCCGACAUGGCCCGUACAUCAACUUUUAGCCAAGGAGAUUUCCGCUUUGUUAGUAGCCGGCAAUUCAAUUUGAUUAAAAUGUGGUAGUGGUGGAUUUCACGCGAGGCAUAUUCUAAUCAUGUGAAGCAAGGGCUAUUAAAUAAACAAUAUCUUAUUAGAUCCUUAUUUCUUCUUCUUCUUCUUCUUCUUCUUCUUCU